UCUAGCGCGCGCGCGGAGAUCUUCUAAAGAAAACUAAAUCCAAAAUUUACUCUGUAAAAUUGAGUUCGCGUUCUAACCUGUCGAAGUGACAGAGAAAAAUGCUGGAGCUUAGGCUGGUCCAAGGCGGUCUUCUAAAGAAGGUUCUGGAAGCAAUCAAGGACCUUGUCAAUGACGCCAACUUUGACUGCUCGCCCGCGGGGUUCUCACUUCAGGCCAUGGAUUCCAGCCACGUCGCCCUGGUGGCCCUCCUUCUCCGAUCCGAGGGCUUCGAGCACUACCGCUGCGACCGCAAUCUCUCCAUGGGCAUGAACCUCAACAACAUGGCCAAGAUGCUCAAGUGUGCUGGCAACGACGACAUCGUCACGAUCAAGGCAGAUGACGGCGCCGACUCUGUCACCUUUAUGUUCGAGAGCCCUACUCAGGAUAAGAUUUCUGACUUCGAGAUGAAGCUGAUGGACAUAGACAGUGAGCACCUUGGGAUCCCAGAAGCAGAGUUCCAAGCCAUUGUUAGGAUGCCAUCGGCUGAGUUUGCAAGGAUUUGCAAGGACCUUAGCACCAUUGGUGACACUGUUGUUAUAUCCGUGACAAAGGAAGGUGUGAAGUUCUCCACCAGAGGUGAUAUUGGGACUGCCAGUAUUGUUUGCAGGCAGAAUACAACUGUGGACAAGCCAGAAGAAGCUACAGUCAUAGAAAUGGAGGAGCCAGUCACAUUGACAUUUGCUCUGAGGUAUAUGAACUCAUUCACAAAGGCAACCCCUUUGGCAAGCCAAGUGACAAUUAGCCUGUCUUCAGAUCUGCCUGGGGUAGUUGAGUACAAAGUGGCGGAGAUGGGUUACAUAAGGUUCUACUUGGCUCCCAAGUUAGAAGAAGACGAGAUCGAAACUCAAGUUGAAGCCAGGCCUCAAGUCGACAUCAGACCUAAAGCGGAAACCAAGCGUAAAGUGGAGGCCAAGCCUAAAGUAGAGACCAAACCUAAAUUGGAGAUCAAGUCCGAAGAGGAGAGGGAGCCUCAAGUGGAAAGCAUGGUGGUGGAAACCAAGGUCGAAGCCGAUCUUAUGGAUGAUGAGUAGUUCAUCUGGUGUCAUUGCCUCUUAACAUCUAACGUAUCAAUGGCUGAACCUAAUUCAAUGGUUAGAUUUUUGCCACACUAUUGUUUUUAUAAAGGGUAUGGUUGACUUGGUCCUCUGAAA